AUGGUGACUCGGGCUGUAGCGUUUCAAUGUGCGCCGACGUCAGCUUACAAGAAAACACGACUGAACGUCUGUAAAAGCAGUGGUGGAAAAGUCCCAAGGGCCCCGCACCGUCCCAGUGCCUCGCACAAUGCGGGUUCAUUCCCUAGAGAAGAUCGCUUGCUUGAUAAAGACAAUUUUUCGCAAAGUCCUCAACGUAAACUUGAAUCGGGCUGGUUUUGUCGGCAAAGAGAAACCUUGAAAAACCUUGGUCCUGCAGGUAUGGUGAGCUAUGGAGCGUUGAACUCGUGCUACUACACUUGUGCAUACAUCUAUUGCCUUCAAAGAUCAAGCCUCACUUUGCAAGGGCGCUUUCUCGAGGUCGCUGUGCUUGUUUGGGCCGGAAGUCAAGUGACCAAGGCACUGCGCGUGUGGCUUGCGGUAGUCUUGACUCCGAUAACCUCAAUUCUCUUGAGCCAAAUAGAACAGAAAUACACGAUAAAACGGACCCAAGCAACUUUGAUUGCUAUUUGUGCUAUGUUGUUGGCGUCCAUCUUCUGCCUUACUGUCUUCAUUUGCGUUAAAAAGUCAAGCUUAGGCUGA